AUGGUGAACAGUCCUCCAUAUUCACGGCUAAAAAUAAGCUCUGGGAAAUGGACUGAACAUGCUAAAACUGCCUUUUCAGUGGAUCCAAGGAUUGCUCUAUCAUUAGCUUCAAGAUUUCCAGCAAAUAUUGCUGUGAAAUCCCAAGUCACUCAGCUAGUUCAGGCUCAUAUAGUAGAUCUUCGUACAAUUCCUGAGGCGUUGCCAUAUUUUGUCACACCUAAAAGCGUUGAAGAGAACUCAGUGCUGUUGCGACAGCUGCCUCAUUGGGCUGCUUGUUCAAUUACACAGGCUCUUGAGUUCCUCACUCCUACUUAUAAGGGACAUCCUCGUGUCAUGGCAUAUGUCCUGCGAGUUUUAGAGUCCUACCCCCCUGAGCGAGUCACUUUCUUCAUGCCACAGUUAGUGCAGUCUCUGCGCUAUGAUGAAGGGAGGCUGGUUGAAGGGUAUCUUCUUAGAGCUACCCAAAGAAGUGACAUAUUUGCUCAUAUCCUCACGUGGCAUUUGCAGGGUGAGUCUGUUCAGGAAACUGUGAAAGAUGGUGCUUUCGAUAAGAAUACAUCAUUCCAAGCAAUCUUGUCAGAGGUUCGACAGCAUAUCAUUGAUGGUUUUAGUCCAAAGGCCUUGGACAUGUUCAAAAGAGAGUUUGACUUCUUUGAAAAGGUUACAUCUAUUUCUGGGGCAUUGUUUCCUCUUCCAAAGGAAGAACGAAGAGCUGGUAUCAGGAGGGAGUUGGAGAAAAUCAAAAUGCAAGGAGAAGACCUUUAUUUGCCUACGGCUCCUAACAAGCUUGUUAAGGGUAUCCAGAUAGACAGUGGCAUAACCCUUCAAUCAGCUGCCAAAGUCCCUAUCAUGAUAACCUUUAACGUUGUUGAUCGUGAUGGUAACCAGAAUGAUGCGAAACCACAGGCUUGUAUUUUCAAGGUUGGAGAUGAUUGCCGUCAAGAUGUUCUUGCCCUUCAAGUGAUAUCGCUUCUUAGAGACAUAUUUCAAGCGGUUGGUCUUAAUCUUUAUCUUUUUCCUUAUGGAGUACUUCCAACUGGGGCAGGGAGGGGGAUAAUCGAGGUAGUGCCAAAUACACGAAGCAGAAGUCAAAUGGGUGAAUCAACCGAUGGUGGCUUGUAUGAGAUCUUUCAAGAGGAGUUUGGACCCGUUGGCUCACCCUCCUUUGAAACGGCAAGGGGUAACUUCCUCACCAGCAGUGCUGGUUACGCGGUGGCGAGUCUUUUACUCCAGUCCAAAGACAGACACAACGGCAAUCUCCUCUACGACAACAUGGGAAGGCUUGUUCACAUUGAUUUUGGUUUCAUUUUUGAAACCUCCCCUGGUGGAAACAUGCGUUUUGAGAGCGCACAUUUCAAACUGAGCCACGAAAUGACACAGUUGCUUGAUCCAUCAGGGAAUAUGAAGAGCGAAUCUUGGCAUCAGUUUGUGAGCUUGUGCGUGAAGGGUUACUUGGCUGCUCGCCGGUACAUGGAGGGGAUCAUCAGUACAGUGGAAAUGAUGGUGGAAAGUGGAUUGCCUUGCUUCAGCAGAGGAGAUCCAAUUGAGAAACUUCGCAAGAGAUUUCAUCCCGAGAUGAGUGAGCGUGAAGCCGCACACUUCAUGAUCCAUGUCUGUACCGAUGCCUACAACAAAUGGACCACGUAUGGGUACGACUUGAUACAGUAUCUGCAACAAGGCAUCGAGAAAUAAACGCCAGAGAUGUUACAUAUAAUGUUGUUGCUACUUGAUCAAAAAAAGUGUAUAUCGUUGAUCAUUUUCCAUGUCAUAUAUAAUUUGUCUUUUUUUUU